AUGGAAGAGAUAAAAACCGAGCCCGGAUUUGUAAAGGAAUUUCAAGAAUACUUGACACAGCAAACCCAGCAUGUCAACAUGAUCUCAGGCUCUGUGGGUGGUGAAAAAGAGACAGCGCAGUCAUUUCAAGCUGUCGCCCCAAGGUGUGAACAAAAUGGUCUGGACCCGUCUGUGGAGGUGAGUCUGUCCGUGGAGGAUGGGUCGGAUGUGCAGAUGGACGGCCUGGAGAGGACCUGCGAUGAGUAUAAAUGCAGCUACUGCAGCUAUGCGAACAAGGGCAUGGCUCGUUUAAUAGAGCACAUCCGCAUCCACACAGGAGAAAAGCCUCACCGCUGCCAGCUGUGCCCAUUUGCCUCUGCAUACGAGCGCCACUUGGAAGCCCACAUGCGCUCACACACUGGAGAGAAGCCAUACAAGUGUGACCUCUGCACCUUCCGAUGCAGUGACCGCAGCAACCUGUCACAUCGGCGACGCCGCCACAAACUUUUGCCAACAAGGGUGGCACGGUCUCCUUUCUCCAACAAGAGAAUGCUGAGCGCUUUGCAGAAGAGAACGGGUUCACUGGGCUUCGGUCGCCGGCUUCUCAUCAAUCUCAGCCCGCCCUCCGUGGUGAUGCCAAAGUCGGAUUAUAUGAACGACUUGUCUCACAAGAUCCACCAUUUGAACAGCAGUGAGUAUAAGAAUGCUCCCAAGGUGGAUGAGAAGGAAAGUCACAACAGGACUGCUAAUGGUUUGACUUUUAAAAACCCACUUGACCAGCUGUCUACACUGGCCGGUCAAUUGGCCGAGCUCCACCCUGAGUCUCAGACUCCUGUGUCGCCAGACAGGGAGUCCCUAAAAGAUGAGAAGCCCAUCCUGAUACAUAACGUCUCCAGUGAGCAGGUUGCAGUGUGCUCCAAUGGCGUGCAGUCAUCCUUACCUAAAAAAGAAUUUCCCACUUCACGCCACGAGAAUUGCAGUCCUGCUCCCAGCCUUGGCUUUGAGAACGGCAUGAAUGGUCUGACUGCAUGUGUUAACAACAGCCAGCGGGCACGCCCCCCCGCCCUGAAUAUACCGGACCAGCAGAUAUUAUAUAAAUGCCAGCAUUGUGAUGUUCACUUUUCUGACAAUCUCUACACUAUUCACAUGGGCUGCCACGGCUAUGAACAUCCAUAGUGCAACAGCUGCGGUCAUAGGUGCACAGACAAAUAUGAUUUUGCCUGCCAUUUUGCCCGUGGCCAACAUAAAAAGUGA